UUGAUAUGUUUCAUGUGUACGUGGAGUGCUUCACAAUAUCGUAAGUGCUGAAGUGAGCUAGAUUCUUGAAUUAUUGUUCCUGAAUGGGAAACUGAAGAUGGGAACUAAAAACACUGAUGUGUAAACAACAGAGAGUUGGUCCUGCAGAAUUUGAACUUUUCCAAUAUGCCUGAUACCAUUAAUUUGCUUGCUAACAAGGAACAGAAUUGCAAUAAGUAGAUGUUUAAGAGAAAUUAAUAAGAUGGAUAGAAAGCCUUAUGUCUCAUGAAGGAGAUCAGGUUUGAGAUUUAGCCCUCUGCACAUAGCAUUAUAUACAAUACUGUAGUUCAGUGAGAGAUGAAGAGAGGUGAAGAUGAUGAUGAUGACGUGUGGAAUGCAUCAGCAGUUAUUCUGGAUAUUGACUCAGGUUCAUGGUCCGAUCGCUCCCCUCUUCAUGAUGCUGCCUGCCAAGGACGACUGCUGGCCCUCAAGACCCUGAUUGCUCAGGGCCACAGUGUGAAUGUGCUGACAGUAGACCACAUUAGUCCUCUUCAUGAAGCGUGCGUAGGGAACCAUGUUGCCUGUGCCAGAGCCCUGAUAGAUGCUGGAGCCAACGUUAAUGUGACAACUAUUGAUGGUGUGACUCCAUUGUUCAAUGCCUGCUCAGUUGGCAGUCUUCGCUGUCUCGAGCUUCUCUUGCAAAGUGAUGCUAGAUCACAGGCCCUGGCUUUGUGCCAGCCUUCCCCAAUCCAUGAGACAGUCAGCAGAGGCUACAGCAAUUUAGUGGAGGCAUUGGUCGAGUGGGGUGUGGAUGUAGAUUAUGAAAUUCCUCACAUGGGCACCCCUCUCUACACUGCUUGUCAAUGUAAGGAGUUCAUCUGUGCCCGCAAGCUGCUUGACGGAGGUGCAAAUGUGCAAAGAGGCUCAAAUAUGGAAACUCCUCUUCAUGCAGCUGCCCAGAAAGACUGUGUAAGCAUAUUAAAGCUACUGCUGGAAUAUGGGGCAGAUAUAAAUGCACGCAACCUGGAGUAUAAACGGCCCGUAGAGGUUGCUCCUCCAGGGAGUUUAACAGAGGGCUUCCUGUUGAUUUAUGAAGCUACUCCCCGUACUUUGUGUCAGCUGUGCCGUCAGCAAAUCAGAGAGAAUUUGGGUCCUUCCCGACUGCAUUGCAUACCACAUUUGCCCCUCCCAAAAGCUAUGAAGGAUUUUUUACAGUAUAGAUAAUGUCUUUACCCUCACUAGCUGUCUAGCUGAAUAAUUUUUAACCAUAAAUGCUGACAUUUAUUCCUUGCAAUAAUUUUUUUGGGUGGUCUAAUUUUUAUUUAAAGAAUAUAUUGUCAGUUUUGCUGUGGGACUUAUGUGGCAUGUUGCAUGUUGUAAUAUUUUCAGAGUAUAAUAAUAAAAACAUUAAAUGCAAAUGUACAUAUUUAACAUAUUAUGCACAGAGACGAAAUCAGUUAUUUAAUUUACUGAAAAGUAUUGCAUAAUAACUGUUAGCAAUUUAACAAAAAUUAUACACCAUUUAUUGUCUUAAAAGCUUUGGAGUGUUUUGAAGCUUAGAUGUAGGCCUACAUAUUGUUGAAAUUAUGAUGAACAUAACAUUUAGCAAGUAGCAAUAAAAGAUUAAUUAUAACGUAAUCAUUAUUCUGUGUUUUGUUUAUAGACACCAAACAACACAUCCUUAAACAACAUUAAAAAAAAACAAAGCAAGUAAUGGCUAAACCAAUUUACAAAAUUGCACAAAAUUUUAUGCACAAUGAAUCCAAAAUAAUUUCAAGUAGCCUA